AUGCAGGCAUCAGUCAGAGCCAUAGACUUCCUCGUGGAAAGCAGAAGAACACAGCCCACGUACAUGUGCCAUUGGUCAAGUCACUCAGGAGGAGAGACUGUGACUGUGACCACAGAAGGGGCUCCAGCUACUGGGACACCCCCUGCUCCGGACAAAACGAAAGGCUCUUUCAAGUGUCCCCUAAGUGACCACCAUGUCCACAGAGAAGACGUGAGGAAAGUUUGGAAAGAUUGCCAGGAGGAGAGCUUCUGGUACAGAGCUCUUCCCAUCUCUUUGGGAAGCAUGGCUGUAACUGGAGGACUCAUAUACAAUGGUGUCUGGAAGCCAUCCCCACGUUUUGGUCCAUUUCCUAAACUUGCAGUUGCUGGAAUUCUUGGAUAUGCAAUUGGAAAAGUCCUUGGGGCACUGGAGCUCCUGGGGGUCCUGGAGGCCGGUUUGGACCAUGGGGCUCUGGGCCUAGGCACAGAUCCUGUGAACAUGUGUGUCAAGAAUGUAAGAACACGGAUGAAACAGCUGCAGGACAGGCACAAAGUUAGAGAGUAA